AUGGCUCUCGAUCUCCCCCGACUGGAGACGACUGAGAAGUUGAGCACGAGUGUGAUAAGGAUAUUAGGUGGUAAUCCGAGCAAGUUCACACUCCAGGGCUCCAACACCUACCUCCUCGGCACCGGCCCUGAACGCAUCCUCCUAGACACAGGCGAAGGCCGAGACUCCUGGCGAGAUGCUCUAUCCUCAACUCUCAAAUCCGAAUCCUGCACCGUCACCACCGCCCUCCUCUCGCACUGGCACCACGACCACAUAGGUGGUGUCUCGGCCCUACGAGCACUCCAUCCUAACACGUCCAUCUCUGUCCACAAGCACAAUCCCACAUACGAUCCUGGAAAUUCCCAGCUCGAUACCUCCAAAAUUAGCCCUAUAACAGACGGCCAACGCUUCCGCACCCCCUCAGGCUUCGAAGUCCAAGCCCUACACACCCCAGGCCAUACUACCGACCACAUGUGCUUCGUCGUGACUGCCUCGGCCUCGGACCCCUCGGAAGUUGGCGCCAUAUUCACAGCCGACAAUGUCCUUGGACACGGCACCGCCGUCUUCGAGGACCUCGCCACCUACCUCUCCUCGCUACACAUCAUGAAGGACGCUGUGUCUCGGUCCUCCUCUCCAGUCAAAGCCUUUCCAGGCCAUGGUGCGGCCAUCCCCGAUGCCCUCGCCAAGAUCAGCGAGUACAUCGAGCAUCGGCGCAUGCGUGAGCAGGAGGCGCUGAACGUGCUCAAGUACGGGACACCCACGCCGCCACCGACGGAGGAAGGUAGUGAAGCCGCCGACGUGGGCGCGCUGGAGGUCAUCAAGGGCAAGGAAUGGGGAAGCAUGGAGAUGGUCAAGGUCAUCUACCGCCACUACCCCGAGAACCUAUGGGAGCCGGCAGAGAAGGGUUUGCUGAUGGUGUUGGCCAAGCUGGAGGCCGAAGGCAGGGUCGAGAGAGGGCCGCAGGGCGGUUGGAUUGUCCUAGAAAAAGCCGCGCUGUGA